AUGUCGGCACCAAAGGGAAAGACCAUCACCUUGAUUAGUUCCGACGAACAAAAUUUCAAUAUUCAGGAAAACAUCGCCUUCCAAUCUAGAACUCUUACCGCCAUGAUAGCUGCUGACAACCAUGAUAACACCGAGAUUCUUAUCCCUUUGACUAACGUGACAGGAACCAUCUUGGCGAAAGUGAUCGAGUACUGCGACAAACACGCUGCUGACGAUGAGUGCAUUACUGAUGUAGAGAAGGACUGGGAUGUGGAGUUUGUGAAUGUAGAUGCAGCGACACUGACACACUUAACGAAGGCUGCUAGUUUUCUGAAAAUAAAAAGUUUGCAGAACUUGACAUUGCAGAAAGUGUCGGAGAUGAUAAGAUAUAGAACAACAGGGGAGGUACUAAAUCUAUUCCCUGAUUUAUUCCGUGUCGAGGAAGUACCAGUCAAAAGAUAA